ACAGUCCAAUCAGAAUAGCGGAUUCAAGCCUCUAAGAACUGGAAUAAUGAUGGCUGUCGACCACUACUACUACAUUUCGAUGGAAGUAAAAUAACUGGGCAUAUUUCGUAUAAAGUCAUUAAUGACAUAAAAUUUAGCUACAGAACUUAAAGAGAAAUGUCGAGCUCGGAAAUACCUGUAUCCCUUGCAGAAGCUUUAGAGAUUCGGGGUUCCGCCCUGACAGAAAAUGAGGCAUGGGGAGUCCUCAGUCAGACGGCUGAAUCUGUUCAAGAUUUAUUUAUCAAGGGUAAAGCCUUCACAUCUGAAGGUUUAAAUUUCGUGCUAACACCUGAUACCUUGCUGUUAAACAGUAACGGUCAUGUUAGUUUUAUACAAGCAGCUCGACUGGUUGAUAGUAGCUACAUAGCACCAGAAUAUCAGGACGGUAAUUUACCAUCCUCGGAUGGUGCAGUUGAUAAGAUGUAUGUGUAUUCUCUGGGUAGAACACUACAUAAUUCAACUCAAUAUAAACUCACACAAACAAAGGUGCCCAAAUUGUCUCAUAAUUUAGAGAGUUUAUUUGGGGCCAUGUGUGAGACGGACCCCAAUCAUAGAUUGGCAUUGGUCCAUGUGUUAGAGGCCUGCACAAUACAUGCCCAGAAGAAAUCAAGCAGGACGUCCUCCUCUAACUAUGUAAUAAGACUACAUCAAAUGGUGCUUGGUGGAAGUCUUAAUUAUGUAAAUAUGUUUGAUAGUAGUUAUGGUAGUGAUAUAAGUAGUCUAACAACCUCCACACAAACAUCGCGUAGACGAAGGUCACGUGAUGAUCGUAGACGGAAAACAUCUCACAGAUCACGUUCACGAUCCAGGUCACGAUCAGGAUCAGGUUCCAGAAACAACGGAGUAACAAAUGAAUCGGAAUUUAGAUUGUAUCGAAGAAAGUCGAAUCCAGAUAGGGAUUCUGGGAUAGGAACUUUACGAGAAGCAGAUUUGAAUGCACGAAUGUCACAAAGCAUUUCUGAAGCACAGUCAUCUUAUGUUGCUGCAAUGCUUACACAUGACGGAGAGGAAAACUCGGCACCUUAUACGACCAAACAAACGACAUUGCCAUCUAAUGUUGAAAACCAGUUGCCCAAAGGACUGGAUGAUCAGUACUCACAAUCACAGUAUCCAGUCGGCUACGAGAAAUAUUUACGAUUGAAAGAGAGACAGAGACGAUUACGAGCUAUCCGGGGACGAGGUGAUGAUCGACCUUUAUCGUUUCGUCAACCUGGUAACCAUGAGAACAUUGCCGAUAGUAAAUCACUUCAUUCAAUGAUGUCAUAUACAGCAGCAUUACAACUUGGUACAGAAAAUAGAAAUACUCAGGGUACUUACAUGCCUGACCUUCACCCCCAGUAUGGGUCAGAGGUCGCCUAUAGAUUAGGUCAAGGGUCAGAUCAAGAUAGCAUGUUUAGUAGUGAUUUAUCAAUGAUGGCCGAUCAUAAUACUCUCAGAGCUAGUAAGACUACAAUAAACUCUGGUGUCCCGGUUGCUCCUGUUAGAAAGAAGCGAGUCAAACAAGUUACAACGAAUCCACCCGUUAAUAGGGAUUUUGUGGGUCCAGAAUUUGUCCACUUUGCUGUUAAGCCACCUAUAAGAAUACCAAUGCCACUACAAGGGGAGAGUUUAAAGAAUCCAUCCCAUGCUAGAAGAGUUAUAAUAGUUCAUCUAACCGGACAGAAGUAUGAAGUUAUCUGUGAUCCUAGUACGAACGGCAGACAACUAUUCGAUGUUCUUGUGACACAUAUCGGUCUAGCAGAAUAUUAUUAUUUUGGUUUGACCUUUAUAGCAGAGUCGGAACAUUUUUUUAUUGAUCCUGAUACGAAGCUACACAAGGUGGCUCCGGAUGGUUGGAAGGAAACGGUGAAAGGACAAAUCCCUAUUAUAACAUUCACAGUAUAUGUACGAGUCAAGUUUUAUAUGGAUAGUAUUACAGACAUCAGACAUGACAGUAGUUAUCAUCUGAUGUAUCUACAGUUACGACGAGAUAUAAUAGAGGAUAGAUUUUACUGUACCGACGAUCAGGCCCUGGCACUAGCUGGUCUCGCUCUACAGGUAGAGUUCGGAGAUUAUAAUCCUGCUACCAUGACAACAGGAUAUUUUGUACCAGAACAGUACUUCAGCACGAGAAUGACGAGAAAACUUGGUAUGCAGUAUUUACGCGAUCAUGCAAAAGAAAUGCAUCAGAAUUUACAAGGGCAUCCGUCUUCUCAGUCGGAGUUGGAAUUUAUUAAGUGUAUACAGAAGUUACCAGAAUAUGGAAUUCAUUACCACAAAUUGUUAAAGAACAAACACGAUUCAAUGAGCACUGUGUGGGUUGGAAUAUCCAGUCGGAAUUUAGUGAUUGCUGAAAAUCAGGGACAUGAACGAAUUAUCGUACAGCGUCAUCCAUGGCAGUCGACACAGAAAAUAUCAUUUAAUAAACGUCGAUUCAGUGUUCAACCAAAACCAGAUAUCGGUACACAUAUAGCCAAACCUCCCAAGAUUAACCUCUAUUGCAACACAUAUAGAAAGGGUCGCUACUUGUUACAGAUUUCAACAGCUCAGCAUCGUUUUCAGAUGAGAAUGCGGACUCGACCCAGUAAUACAGAAACUAUUCAUGGUCAGGAAGCAGUUGCUGGAGCGUCUGUCAGUUUGGGUUUGACGUCUGCUGGUGUCAUGGAAGAUUAUCUGAUUGACGACAGAAUCAGUGUUGAUAAUAGGGGUGUUAGUAGUGCUAGUGCCUAUGAUUCAAGUUUUGAUGCAGGAAGUAUCGGGUUUGUUGCAGACACCAGGUCUCAAGAACCACCUUUAAAAUACAGAAGCCCUCCACCAUAUCGACCUGGCUUGAGUUACAGUCUGGAUGACCUUCGUGACCCCUCCUUAUCACCAUUACGACAGCCUUUAAAUAACAAUAUGGCCGCCUCCAACAUGGAGUUGCAUCGUCCUGUUGCUGUGCAUGGUAAUUUGCAUGUUGAUCGAUCCUUGCAUGAUGACCGUUAUCACUCAGGUUUGAGGAGAGAAGAGGAGGAAACCCAAUCAUUCAAUAAUUCUAUAAAUAGCAGCAAUGUAGAUCAAACAGAGGAGGCCCUUCUUUCCGCACCUUCACGUCUGGGACCUCGAGUAACGGAAGUGACCUUGAGGAAAGAAGAGCAUCAUGGUAUAGGAAUGACAAUAGUGGGCGGUAAGAGCACGGAGAAGCUUGGGCUGGGGAUAUUUGUAAAAACUGUUGUACCCCGUGGACCGGCGUAUCGAAGCGGCUAUAUCUUUCCAGGUGAUCGUAUCGUUGCCAUUAACGAUAACAGACUUGAGGGAGUUGAGCAUCGUGGAGCAGUUCAGAUGAUUCGGGAUUCAGGAGUAAAUGUAAAAUUGUUAAUAGCCCAAGCUCGAGCACCUCCUACUCUUCGUCGUAAACAUUUAGAACAGGAACUUAGCGACGAGCUAGAUGCUGAGUUGGACGAAAUAGCUCGUAGUUAUGAAGAUAUUUAUACUAGUAGUUUAUCUGCAGACUUGAAAAACAAUCAACUCAGUCGUUCCAUGGAUAAUCUGGGUUCAAAUCCUGGUUCAAAUCCUCCGAUCAAACCUCCACGAGGUCGCAAAACAAAAGAUUUACCGCCUGUCAAUGACUUAAUGCGGGAACUGUCUCAAACAGGCAUGUCGUACCCUAGAACUGAUCAUGUGAUCGUACAGCCAUCCAAUCACAGACAAGAACAGAAAAUCAGCGUUAAAGCGGAUAUAGAACAUUUACCUCUGACCCCAGAGGAUAUAAUAUCAGGCAAUUUAGUGUAUCGGGAUCAAUCCAGUCUUGUAUCGACUAUUGAUGUUCAUGAGGAAGCUGCAAGACCAGAUAAUCUAGACUUGUUACUGGAUGAAUCAAACAAUUCACAAGAAUUAGAAAUUGUUGGAGAAAUUGCAGAAAUGUCUAUACAUGACUCAUCGUCUGAUUCUGAUUUUGAUUCUGCUAUAUAUGAUGUCAUAAUGGGUAAACCUAAAAAAAAUGGCCGUCUGCAAUCACAAGACGAAGUGGAUCAUAUUGAUACAGGACAAGACAGAGACAAGUUACCAACUGCUUCUAAAGGAAAAGUUUUGUUAAAAUCAGUAGAUGAUUUUUAUUUUUACGUAACUGAAGAUAAUACAUAUGAAGUUGAUCUGGUCAAGGGUACAAAUGGUUUAGGUUUUAGUAUUCAAGGUGGCGUAGAUGUACAUCCAACGGAUCCAGCCCAGUGUGUACCCCGCGUUAAAAAAGUCUUUAUGUUAGGACCAGCGGCCGAAUCUCAGGUCAUAAGGGCUGGUGAUGUCAUAUUACAAGUACAAGAUACACAACUUAGAGGACUCACCAGAAACGAGAUAAUUGAAAUGAUGCAUACGACACCUAAAGAAGUUAAGCUGAUUAUGUGUCGACCUGAUUCUGGUAUUUUACCUCCAAUAAUGCGUGGCGACAGCGUUGAUUCAUUGGAAGCUCUACUCCACUCACCUCAAACUCUUCUUUCUGCGUCCAUGUUCCUGGAUAAUCAGGACUCAUUAUCGGAGUCAGAUGACGAAACAAUCCAGUCAGACAGAAGUUCUCCUCCGAUACCAAUCGUUAACAGAAUACAAAACCACCCAAAUGAUCUGGUCUAUUCCCCGAACAAUCAAACUCUUAAUUCCACGACUCCAGUUUUGCGGAGAUCUUGGACUGAUCAAAAUAUUGUGGUUCUUUCAUCGGAGUUGUCUUCCCGGGAUAGUUCUGGAAUUUUACUGCGAUCGCAGAGUGAACAAAAUGCUCUGUCUCCAAAUACAUCUACAUCUCCGAUAGCAGCCGACACAAAGAAAUAUUUUCGCGAGGAGAAGAAAUCCGAUCAAGUAUCCUCGGCUGUUAGAUCUCCCUAUGGUAACUUCGAAAAUUUAGCGAUGUUAGGAUGGUCAGAUGAUCAAGCAGCACAGGAUACUUCAGACGCGGGAAGUGCAUGGUCAGACGAUGAACCUGUUACCAGGGAAACGCUACAAAGUAUUCCUAAUAAUGAGACCGAUUCCUACAGAUCGCCAAAAAUCGAACCAAGAAACAGUACACUAUUAUCAGACAUACACGAGAUUGAUUUGUUGGAGGGAAAUUCUCAGGAAGUGAAAAACGAAAGUAGAAAACAGUUAUCUCCCCUUUUCCACUCGUCAGCUAGCGAUCCAAUUAUAGUAAAUAAUAGAGAACAAGACGUUCGGGACAAAAUGUCAAUAUGUAGUUUAUCGCCUGUUAAUAGUCCAAGGGAAGCAACUCUUGAUGGCUCCAAACAAGGGGAGACUACUUUAAAUAACUUUACAUUUAGUUCUUAUUCUGUGGACCAAUAUAAAAGGGACAAUGAAAGUUCAGAAGAUGAAAACCAAAGGGUGGUAACUCCUGAAGCAUCUCGCAAAGGGGAGAUAACUGUGAGUAGAAACAAUUCUGAUACUAACUCUGAGUCAAGUAUUACAAAUAAGACAACUGUGAAAUCAAAUAUUCCUCCGUAUUUAAGGCGUCAGGAUAAAGUACAGGUGAUGAGUGACGACGAACAGUUAAAUGUGAAUAGUGACGUAGAAAACAAUAAACAAACUGUGAAUUGUCGUGAUAAUAAAGUUCAUGAUAAAGAUCUGUCUGUAUGUGAAGAUGACGUACACCCUCAAGAUUUUGAAGUAACAUUAAGAAAGCGUGAUGGUGGUGGUUUAGGGUUUGCUGUAGCAGGAAGUGGUCAAUCAAUGACAGGAUGUUAUAUUAAAGAUGUUUUACAGGAUCCUGCUCUUUCUGAUGGUAGAUUACAACCAGGUGAUCAACUUAUUGAGGUUAAUGGUGAGUGUAUGUUGAAUAUGAAUCAUUUCGAGGCUGUGACCUUGUUACGCCAGGCUCCGACCUUGGUGAGAAUAAAAGCCAGACGACCCAGCGGUAACUCCCCACAGAAUCCUCGUGUAGCAGGAUCUGUUCAAACUAAGACAACUGGUGCCAUGAAAAAUCAACAAUUGUCACAGCCUAUAGAUAAGAAUGAAGUUGAUGAAGUUGGUGAAGGACGUAGAAAAGAGAGAGUACAGGAUAUAGAAACUAUUAAGAUGGGAGUUAAAGAUAUGAUCAAAUCUCUAGAAAAUAGAAAAAUAUCUUUAACACCAGGCGAUAGUGAUACAGAUAGUAGAUCGUCAGAUAAAUCAGAGGGUGGUAUUAUACGUAUUAAAUUAUCUAAGUGUAUAGAUGAAGGAUAUGGUUUUAGUUUAAUAACAGCUGAUCGUGGUAAUACAACUGGUGUUUAUGUUAAAACUAUAAAAGGGGGAGGUGUAGCGUAUAAAGAUGGACGAUUACAAGUUGGUGAUAGAUUAAUUCAGGUGAAUGAUGAAUCGGUUAUUGGUUUAAAUCAUAGUAAAGUCAUCUCCAUGUUACGAGACACGCGACAACAAGUUCAAUUAACAGUAGCAAGAUCUGGUAGACUUUCAAACUUGGAAGAGGUUACCAAGGACAGCCAAAGUCAGACGUCAAAACCAGCCAAUGAGGAAGAUUCUUUUACACGGUUGAUAGAUCCAGCCAAUGAAACAGACGAAGACAUAAAUGCCAUGGCAGGGGACGCCAAAUACUUUCUCAAACAAAAUGGCAAUUUAAACUCUUCUAAUAUUUCUCUUCUUACGCCGAGAGACGCAUCACAUGAUGUGGAUAUUAUAAAUUAUAAAUCACCGCGUAAAAUACCCAUAGCAGUACCAGAGGCUCUGACAGACGAUUGGUUAGAAUCUAUUCCUGUGCUGUCAAUCAGUGAGGAUGGGGAGGACUUUAUAAGUGAUGUUCUUCAUUUAUUGGUUGAAAAAGUAGAGCAGGAGGAGCCUUAUGAAGAAUUUAAGAAUUUACGACUAAUAAAAGCAACAGAUGAAUGUUUAACUGCCAGUCUUCCAAAAAAUAAAUUAAAAAACAGAUAUAGAAACGUUCUUCCAUAUGACUGUAAUCGUGUCAUGUUAAAUGGUACAGAUGAUUAUAUAAACGCUAGUCAUGUUAAAAUAGAUGUUGGUGAUAGUCAGCUGUGUUAUAUCAUGUGUCAGGGACCGCUACCCAACACGGUUGAUGAUUUCUGGUUGAUGUGUUGGCAACAACACGUAUCUGUUAUCGCUAUGUUAACCCUAGACAUCGAAGAUUUAAAAGUUAAAUGUCACAAGUAUUGGCCAGAAUUAGAGGAAAAUAAUCUUAAAGUAUUGAAUGGGCAAUAUGAAGUAAGUUGUGAAUCGAAACAGAGAUUAAAUGAUUUUAUAAUACGAUAUAUAAAGAUGGAAGAUAUGACGUCUGGAAGGAUACAUAGAAUCGUUCACCUGAAUUAUACAACAUGGCCGGAUCAUGGUACACCUGAUACAGCACUACCUUUAUUACAGUAUUUACGAUUAAUACACCUGUUUCAUACAGGAGGACCAGUAGUUGUACAUUGUAGCGCUGGUAUAGGACGAUCAGGUUCACUAGUAACUAUAGAUACGGCUCUUUUAAACAUGGAAAACAUGAAACAUUUUCAAAUAUAUGAUAUUGUAUCAGAAGUACGUCAACAAAGAUACGGUGUUAUUCAAACUAAGGAUCAAUACAUGUUCUGUUAUACAGCCUGCAUGCAAGCUCUUCUUAGUGUUGCUAGUUAACACACAACCUAGCCCAUAGCAACCAUCAACCAAUCAAAAACUCUGUAAUAUAAUAACAAUGUGCCAUGACAUCAUUAGAGUAGUUUUAUUUUGGGGUUUGUUUAUUUAUUAGAGGAUAAUUUGAGUAUUUAUUUAUUUAUUUUGAAGCAAUCUCAUGUUUAUGAUUGAUUGGGAGAAAUUGAUUUGUUUUCUGCCGUUUAGAAUCAGGAACAUUAGAAUCAGGAACAUCGUGUGAAUUUAACUAAACUUGAUCUCCAAGAGUUCAAUUCAGGGGGGUUGGAUGGCUGAAUUGUUAGCGUGUACGCUCUGUAUCAUAAGGUCUGUUAUUGAGUCAACUAGCGUGGUUUCGAUUCCUCGCUUGUCCGUGACUAGGGGAAGGGUCACCUGUCCAACCUCGUGGGUUUUCUCCGGGUCCUCCGGUUUCCUCCCACUGCUAAAGACCUCUAUGCGAAAGGCAAUUAUUGAAAUAAAAUUGAACCAUGUUAGUCCCGAAAUAACCUAGCUUGUGUCGAGUGGAAGUUAAACCCCAUUUUUCUCUCCCUCAACAAGCAGGGGUAAAACGUGAAGACAACUGAAUGAACAACUCAGUCUGUUUCUAAUGGCCAUCUUCAUUAGCCCAGUCAUUGCAGAACAGUAGGAUGUUAAACCCCAUUUCUAACAGCAAGGGAAGGAUAACUCAUCCAUUUCUAACAGCAAGGGGAGGAUAACUCCUCCAUUUCUCCCAUAUCUUUUCUAGACAUACACAUUAGGGUAUUUUUAUGUAGAAUGUCAAAUUAUUGGAGACAUGAUAUUACUGUUAAAUUUAAACGCUGAACAACUUAUUUGGUCAUGGUCGAGGUUUUAGCAGUAAUUUUAGGUCAACGAUAAUUAUAAAUUUUACUCCGUGCAUUUAUCAAUAUCUAUUUAUUUUUGCUUAUUGUAAUAGUCUCGUGGUAUUAUAAAAACUUAGAAUAUCAAGCCAUAAUUAUUUUCCUGUCAAUUAUAAAGUAUACCAUAAUUAUUUUACAUGAUUGUGUGUUGCAAAUUUAAUUUAUUUAGUUACCAUGGAAAUGAAGUUGACUUUCUGUGAAUUAUAUAUAAUAAUCAUUUUGCAUUUUCUUGUGCCAAAAAAAUAUUUUGUUUGGUUACCAUGCAAAAAAAGUUGACUUAAAAAAUAUACCAUAAUUAUUUGUGCCGAUAAUAUUAUUUAUUUAGUUACCAUGGAAAAGAAGUUGACUUCCUGUGAAUUUUACAUUUGCCAUAAUUUUAAUUAGAUAAUUAAAAUGUUCAAAGUCUGUUCAGCAUAAUAGUGCCUAUAUCUUUAUAUAAUAUUUAUAAUAUAUUUUGUAUUUCUAACUUUGUAUUUUAUAUAUCUAUGACUUAUUAUUAAAUAUUUUACUUUCGAUUCUAAUCACCCGAAGAUAUUAAAAAGAUAUAUUAUUUAUUUCAUUGUAUAUUUAACUAGUUGAUUUUGCUAGUAUUUUUACCCAGACCGAAGAUAACAAUUAUCAAUGUGUUCAUUUAAAAAUCUGAUAUUUGAAAUAUUUAACAGACCUGAUAUUUGAAAGAUCUGAUAUUUGAAAUAUUAGAUAUAUUUGAAAUUGAUAUUUUAUUCAUUUGUUGACAUAAUUUAGAACCCAAUUCUUGUAUGGUUUUUUUUAUAAUUUAUUGUGAAUUCUUUAAAUAUUGAUUUUAAUAGCAAGUCAUAAAUAUAUUAAAUAAUAUUUUCUACAAAACUGUCUCAAGUUUUUUUCCGUCCCUUUUCCUAUAAUAAUGUCAUUGAUUAUCUAUAGCUAUAUGCAAUUAUAUAAAACAUGUAUUCAAAUAAUGAUAUUUUUAGUUUAUUAAAAAUGUUCAUAUAUUCA